GCAGCCGGACGUGGUAUUUCUCAGAGCGGCAAGUAGGGAGGGAUUUUUUAAAAUUAAUAACAAGCAGCGGUGCUAAGAGUGCGACGUAUAUUUUGUUAUGUAUUCAAUGACACUGCUGUAUUUAAUAAAUCUGUCUUAACAUAUAUUCUAUUAAGACGCAUGGAUCAUUUCCGUGAUCAGAACAUCUUUGAUACCCCCUCAAAGCAAAGCUAUGUGGGCAGUUUUUACUUGCCCCCGGACAAGCUAUCCUUCCAUGGCUUCGUGAAGGGGUCAGAGGAGCCCAAAGCCAGAAGCUCCACGAUACUACAGGACAUUGAUGCAGAGGCAUACCGAUGUGCACCAGAUGCAGGAAGCAGAGCAGUGAUCGCCGCUCUGCGCACGCUGCAGGAGAAGAUGCGUCGUCUGGAGCUGGAGCGGGCGCAGGCCGAGAAGAACGUGCAGCGCUUCAGCGAGGCCACGCAGCAGCACGCCACCAGCAGCAGAAACGCCAGCGCCAACAGAAACGCCAGCAUUAACGCCCGCAGAAGCGCCAGUGCCACCACCGCAGCCAGCAGUGUCAGAGUGCAGGAGCAGCCGCGCACUAGACAGGACGCUAACAGCAAGCAGCGGAUAGAGCUUGUCACACAGCUUCAGUCCACCGAGAGCCAUUGCUCUUUGUUGGAGAAGCAGCUGGACUACAUGAAGAAGAUGCUGGAGAGUGCCGGGGAGGUGGCGGCUGCACACGCACACUCGCCUUCAGAGAGAUACACACACACCCCUACUGAGAAAAAGGCACAGAAGGAGAACUCUAUAGAUGACGUUCAGCUGCAGCUAGACAAGCUGGAGAAACUGGAAAGAGAGUGUGUGAAGCUCACCAACACACAGUCUUUGGCUGAGAGGAAGAUCCAGUUGCUGGAGAAGAAGCUACAGGAAGAGGAAAAGGAACGCAAACUCAUGCAGCAGAAAGCUGACGAGCUCCAGAGAGAACUGCAGGUGAAUCUCCUCAUGCAGUCCGCUGCAGUGGCUGAGUCUAAACCAAAGAAAAAGAAGGAAAAGUUACCCGUCAAGCAGAAAUCAGAAUUGGCUCCCAAGUUUCCUUUAGCCAAACGCCCUCCCUUUGUGGCAGGGACUUCCACCAGCCCCAGUCACUCUGUGAGCGCCAACCUGCAGAGCCUGUGCCACCUGCUCCAACAGCAGCAGCAGGGUCAGCCAGAAAGCAGUCACCGCCGCCUGAGAGAAUGUGAGCGUGAGCGUCAACAACUCGAGCGCCAGGACUGCACCAGGGUCAAGCGGAGGUCAAAGGAGGGGGGCAGGGGUCAGGGGGACCAUGUGGCGCACUCGCCCCCUAGCAGAGAGGCCUCGCCCUUAGGCUGCCUCUCCAGGCUGCUCCUGGCACUGCAGGAUGAACUGGGACACAUGAGCUUUGAGCAUCAAGAGUUGGUGUGCCAGAUCUCGGAGACUAAGAGCAGGCGUGUGAGAGAGGACCUGGAGAGGGAGCUGGACGCGCUGGUCAGGAAGAUGGAGGAGAAAGCGACGCAGAUCACACAACUGCGCAAACACCAGAAAACAGUGGAGAGUCUGAGGCAGCCGUCACAGAGCCCAAAGAAGCAGCAGCGCCCCAAGGGUUCAAAGGUCAAGAAGGGUGGGGUGACUGGGGUUCAGCCCUUAAGCCCCUCCCCCAAGAAAACACGCCCACACAGUGUGUCACACAGUCUCUACGCAAGUCUGCGCAAAGAUGACAUCAUGUGGGAAAGCUGAAGGAAACACACACACACACACACAGCAUUUUGCACUAUACUAGCAUGACUGUACUGAAACAUGGAGGUCUCAGACAUGCAUAAGCAAGGGGACGUAGUGUGUUUGUUUGUAUGGCUUUGUCAUUUGUUUCUUUGUUUUGUGAGUGAGUGAGGGCUGUUUUGUGUUUUUACAAAUUGAUGACUACCACUAAAAUGGCUGUAAAUGUAUAUUAUUAUUCCAAAGCUUAUAAUUGUAAUGAAAUAUUGUGUGUUUUAUGUUUUAUCCUUAAUAAAAAACAUCACUGAGAA